GUAUGGGAUUGCGACUUAGAAAAACAAGCUCACAAUUGGGUUGCCAAAUGUCCUACGGGACCUGAACUGUCGAAAGGUGAAAACUUCUAUCGCGGACCAGGGGUUCAAGUUCGUAUCCUAAACUUUUUGUCGCAGUCUGUCACGGAAUGGUGGAAGGUCUUCCGUAGUGUUGAUGGUCCUGGAGCAAGUGCUCUAUACACUUCGUCGCACGAAGGCACUAGAAUAGACUCAUACACUCAGAUGGCUUGGGCUAAAACACGAUAUCUGGGUUGUUCCAUUGCCAGAUGUGGAGAUGAUUUUGUGGAAUCAUGUCGCUACCGAGUUAUCGGAAACACUCCUGGAGAGAACAUGUAUGAAACUGGACGUGCAUGUACCAACUGUCCAACGGGUUCAGCAUGCAAUGUGGGAAGUCCCGGUUACACUGCUGAUGGACUCUGUGGAUGA